AUGAUCCAAGUGAGGUUGCUGAUCACGAGCUUCCUAACAAUCUUGAACGUGUAUUUUUGGAGGGAUUCCCAGAAGAUUGGGAAGAAAGAGUCUAUGAGACACUGUUUGGUAGUGAAAAGGAUUCAGUCAGCAAAACCAGAAGAAAACCAAUCAUCAAGAAGCAGAAACAACUUAAGAGUAAGAAAGAUGCAGUAG